AUAGACUUCAAUAUAUAGAGCAUUUACCGAAAAAUAAAUAUUUUUGUAGGGGGUUGUUAACCCAUAGAUUUUGAAAAAAAAUUCAAAAAAAAUGAAAAUUUUAUUUUAUUGCAUAGUUGCAUCCUUUACUAACAUAUGAUGAAGGUCAAAGAGGUUUGGGACUAGUGAUGUCAACCGAGAACCUGGACCGCGGGACAGGCCCGUUAAGGCUUGGGGCGGGGCGGGUUUGGGCCCAUGUUUUGAUAUCCCGCAAUGUUGCGGGCCUCGCGGGAAAGGGACUGUGCGGUAUGGGCUUUAUGCGGGAUGGCCCAAUCGAACCCGCGGUAACCCUAAAGUCCCGCAACAUCUUCUCUUCUCAUUUCGUCAGCCACCUUUAGAACAUAAGAGAGAGAGAGAGAGAGAGAGAGUGACUGAUUGAGAGAGAGGAAGACGAGUCACCACCGUUAGAAAUGGAGCUCCGGCGACGGCGAUAAGCUCCGGUACUCGUACCUCGGGUUCUAAACUUCACAGAUCAAACUCCUGUCUCGGGAGAUAAAUUCUUGACUUGAACUCUCCGCGAACUCCUUUUCCACCGUAGACCGGCGAUGGUUUCUUCAGCGACGGCGACCGCAUGCAUGUCACAGGUAAAGAAAGAUCUAUGUAGUUACUGUAUAUUUUUUCUUUUUUGGAGUUCUAACAGUUUUACUCGUUUUCAGGUGGGUGAAGACGUAAAGUGGGCACUCUGCUUCGAUUCACUACCGGUUCGAGUUCCAUAAGAUGCAUGCAAGAUCCGAAUAUAUGUAAGACUCUCUAAGACUCCUCCUUCCUCAAGAAAAAGAUCGAAGCUCAUAGUUGUUGUUUGAAAUAGAGAUUCGCUUUGUUUACUUGUUUGAAAUAGAGAUUCGCUUUGUUACUUGUUUGAAAUAGAAAUUCGGUUUGUUACUUGCAACUAUAUAGUUCUGACUUCUGCGGAUCUUCGCCGUGUAGCUAAUGAAAAAUCAUUCAAAAGAGUGAAGACUGAUUGUUCGUUGGCUACAGGGCAAGAUCCGCAUUGAAGUUAAGACAACUUGAAAUUAUAUGGUUGCUUGUUGCAUGUUGUUUCAAUUGUCUGUCCUGGUUCGCUUGAAGUUUAGUGAUUCAGUUUCUGAUAUCUCUUUUAUUUUUGUAGGUGAACAAGGAUGAGGCUGGUUAUGACGGUGAAAGCUGGUGUAGGCUCAACACGAUAUAGCUGGUUAUGGUGUUGACUUAAUAUAUGUGUUGAGCACACACCUGCUUUCCUGUUAUAACCAGCCGCUGUCUUGCUUGUUUAAGAAAACCAUAUACUACUCAGAACUAAAAGCAUUGUAAGUCUUUAGUUUGUACUCAUGUUCUUAAAUCUUAAUCUUACAUCAACAUCAAGUCUCUGAUAUGUUUUUUUUUUGGUUGGUUGCUUCGAUUCACUACCGGUUCGAGUUAGAGUUACAAAGCGACCGUUCGAGUUACAAAGCGACUUCUGAGGGUAUGAUUCACUUCCCUUCUUCCUCGUUGUUAACUGAUAAGUAGUGUUGUCAUAGAAGAGAUUACUUGUUUUGACUAGUUCAGCGGAUUUUAGCUGCGUAGCUAAUGAAAAAUCAUUCAAAGGAAUGAAGGGUGAUUGUUCAUUGGCUACGCUGCUGAAUCCGCUGCGAAGUUAAGACAAGACUCUCUAUGUGUAUCUGAUGUUUCUCGUGUUCAUAAGUUAUGUAAUCAUGUCUCUGAUGUUUAGUUGUCUCUGAUCUCUCUUUUGGUUUUGAUUGUUUUCUUUGUCGACCUGUUGGAGUCUUGGUGAACAAGGAGGAGGCAGGACCUCAGGUCAUGGACCAGCCUUUCAUUCCGUGAAACUAUCUUCAGGUUAGUCACUUAGCAAUAGGAUAUUGUGAAAAGAAGCUGAUGUAGAUUAGAAGUUAGAGCUCGCUAAGUUGAUUGGAGAACUCGUUGUCUUGCUUAGGAAUAGGAAGAAUUGAUAGGAAUGUUUAAGCUGCUUGUCCUCAAGCAAUUUUAAAGUUUCAUACUCUAAGUAUAAAAUUUAAUUGCAAUAUUUGGGGUUUUAAAAAAAAAUAAAAAAACCCUAAGACCACUAACCCACGUAUCUUUCCUUAGGGCACGAAGCCGUAACUUAGUUAGAAACUUAGAAUUAUCGAAAAAAAAAAACCGUGAGAGCUGAGAGCCUGAGAGACGAUAUGGGAUCAAGAGGCGAAUCAGACGAUCAGUUGACGUAUGAUACUAACUACACGCCACCGGCUACGUUGGAUUUUGAGACUCAACAACUCAUUGCUAGACUUGGUGCAGCUGCUGAGAUCGGUAGUCAACCCUGUGAUGAAGAAGUUAUCGCAAGAGAGAAGCAAAGCAGCAAAAGAAAGCUCAUCAGUUUGGUUGAUGCGGAAGAGGACUCUGAUGUUGAGAUCACUCCAACAUCUCAAACAACAAAGCCUCGGAGACCAACCACUUUUGGAACUGCUUCGCAGAAACCCAUGGUCCAAUCCACACUAGAAAUUGGUAGUGGCUCAUCCAAGCAGGCGUGUAGUCAGAAGAAGUAUGUUCCUGUGAAGUCGGUUAUCCGUGGAGGGAGAAGAACCAAGGGCGUGUCUAAGGGCUCCGGUAGUCAGUCUCAGAAGAAGAAGAAGAAGAAGAUGGAAGAGGAGAUACCGGAGCUUGAGGAUGAACUGGAUGAAGAAGGGCUUGAUGAGCUUGAGCUCGGGGAAGAGGAAAGGGAAGAGAGGCAACGAUCAGAUGUGUGGAAAGAUUUUACGGUGGUCCAAAAACCCAAUGGAAAGCAGAAAGCUGCUUGCAAUCAUUGCAAGAGGGAAUAUGCAUGGCAGUCCCACUCGCAUGGAACCAGUGGGUUGAGAAGGCAUCGUAUGAGAUGUAAAAUGUAUCCAAGGAAUGGAGGAAGGCAGCAGCAACUCAAUGUCGAUGGAAGAGUUGUGUCUCGCAAGUAUGAUCAUGCUGUGUUCAGACAACUGGUAGCUAAGACAAUAGUCCAGCAUGAUCUACCGUACUCCUACGUGGAGUAUGAAAAGGUGAGAGACACAUGGAAGUAUUUGAAUGCUGAUGUCCAAACCAUAUGUCGAAACACAGCUAGAGCUGAUGUGUAUCGCUUAUAUGAAAGUGAGAGAGACACGCUGAAGAGAGAAUUGGCUAGUCUUCCUGGACGAGUCUCUUUCACCUCGGACUUGUGGACAUCAGUGAAACGGGAAGGAUAUAUGUGUGUGACAGCACAUUACAUUGAUCGGAAUUGGAAGUUGAAUAGCAAGAUCCUGACGUUUUGUGCUCUACCACCACCACAUACUGGUAUGAAUGUUGCUAUUCAGCUCCUUGAUUCACUAAAAGAGUGGGGAGUUCAUAAGAAGGUGUUCUCGGUGACGUUAGACAAUGCCACCAGUAAUGACUCGAUGCAAGAUAUUGUGAAGUCACAGCUGAAUUUGGAUGAUGCUUUGCUGUGUGGAGGAGAGUUUUUCCAUGUGAGAUGUGCAGCGCACAUUCUUAACCUCAUAGUACAAGAUGGGUUGAAGGUAAUUGGAGACUCUUUGCACAAAGUAAGAGAGAGUGUUAAGUAUGUACUGUCAUCGGAAACACGUGAAAACUUGUUCCAGAAAUGCGUUGAGGCUGCGGGUGUAGUAGAAACUGGGGGUCUACUCUUGGAUGUUCCGACAAGAUGGAACUCCACUUUCUUUAUGCUUGAAAGAGCCAUCAGGUACCGUCGAGCCUUUGCCAAGUUGGAGACAUUUGAUAAGAAGGGUUACAAAAUGGCUCCCACUGCUGAGGAAUGGACAAGAGCUGAGAAUAUCUGCAAUUUCUUGGGUCCGUUUGCUGUAAUCACGACCUUGAUGUCUGGUUCGAACUAUCCUACUUCAAACUUGUAUUUCUAUCAGGUUUUCCAGAUCCAUAAUUGGCUUCGGAUCAAUGAGGGAAGCGAAGAUGAGAUUGUGAGAUACAUGGUGCCACCGAUGAAAGAGAAGUUCGAUAAAUAUUGGGAUGAAGUCAGUGGUCUUUUUGCAAUGGCAGCAGUCUUCGAUCCAAGGUUUAAGCUUUCCAUUGUCGAAUGCUGUUUGGAAAAGCUUGACAUGAGUACACGUGAUGCAAAGCUAAAGAACUUGCGUGAGAAGCUUAGUAUUUUGUUUGAGUCGUAUGACAAAAAAUCCAAGAAUAGCUCACCGUCUACAGAGCCACGAGAGACUGUUUCGCAAAAAGCUUCUGGAGCAGGGACAAUGGGACUGUUUGAGAACUACGGUGAUUUCUUUGCAUUUCGCAAAGUCAGUGGGGUUGCGACUGGAAAAACACCUCUAGAAGCUUAUCUUGAUGAACCACCUCUGGACAUUACUAAUUUUCAGAGCUUGGACAUCCUCGAUUGGUGGAAGGAUAAUGCCCAUCGGUAUGGAGAUUUGCCUGCAAUGGCAUGUGACCUGCUAAGUAUUCCAAUCACAACAGUGGCUUCAGAGUCCUCUUAACAAAUACAGGAGCCGUCUUCUCCCAAAAAAUGUGCAAGCUUUGAUAUGCACUAGAAAUUGGAUCAAGGGAUACGAAUCUUAUGCACAUGGUAAUUAAUUCACAUUAUUAUUUCUUGUAGAGUAUCAUUAUCCCUUAGUCCUAAGUAAAUGAAAUUUCUGAUAUUUACAGAUGAAGAAAUCGAUGGUGAUGGUGAAGAAGAGAAAGUGCCAUCAUUUCAGUCAAUUGUCAAUGGGGAAGAUGAAGAUGAGGAAGCUUGAAUUGUUAUUUUGAUUUGGUGUUUUUAUUUUUUACAAUCUGCUACAUCUUGUUUUACUUGCUUGGUUUUGUUUUGACUGCUAUUUGGUGUUUUUCUUUAUUUAAAAUUUGUUAAGACUA